GAGCCGUAACGACUUUAAAGAAAGGUAAUAUUAAUUCUCAUAUAUACUGUCCAUCGUCAUAUGUUUUGCUGUUUUGAUUCAAAUUAUGUUUCUUAAGAAAUUGAUGUACAUUUUGUAGUCCUUAUUUAAGUCGAAAAUGCGAUUUUUCAGCAGUUAAGGGCAAGCAAAGUCGGUGUGGUUAUCCCAUUUUCCUGUGAAGGGCUAAAGGGCGCCAUUUCCCUUUCAUUUGCAAAUUUCGUAGACUAGAUAUUUUAUGAUUGUUUCUUGUCAUUGCGAGUACAUAUCACUAUCGGUAGUGGAAAGUUUUGACCAAGAAACAUGGCUCAAGAACCUGAAAUGCCUACUUUCAAGUGUGUUCUUGUUGGUGAUGGCGGUACCGGCAAGACAACAUUCGUUAAACGGCAUUUAACAGGAGAGUUCGAGAAAAAGUAUGUUGCUACACUUGGUGUCGAGGUUCACCCCCUUGUGUUUCACACAAACAGAGGAGCAAUUCGCUUUAAUGUAUGGGAUACCGCUGGCCAAGAAAAAUUUGGUGGCCUUAGGGAUGGUUACUAUAUACAGGGGCAGUGUGCCAUCAUCAUGUUCGAUGUUACCUCCCGGGUGACUUACAAAAAUGUUCCUAACUGGCACAGAGAUUUGGUUCGAGUGUGCGAGAACAUUCCCAUUGUUUUGUGUGGCAACAAAGUUGACAUCAAGGACAGGAAAGUGAAAGCAAAGAGCAUUGUCUUUCAUCGAAAGAAGAACCUGCAGUAUUACGACAUCAGCGCCAAAAGCAAUUACAAUUUCGAGAAACCCUUCUUGUGGCUGGCCAGGAAGCUGAUAGGAGACCCCAACCUGGAGUUUGUGGCCAUGCCGGCCCUGGUGCCUCCAGAAGUCACCAUGGACCCCAACUGGCAGCUGCAGAUAGAGAAGGACCUGAAGGAGGCCCAAGAGACUGCUCUUCCGGAAGAUGACGAAGACUUAUAAAUUGUGUUACCAUUUUGAGGUUAAUGUGGGCUAAAGUGAUUGAAAAAUGCCUUGUGGAUUUGGAUAGUUUGUGGGACACUUCAGCCUCAUCAGUGCAGUGGAGGCACAUCAAAUUGUUUUCAAGUCAUCGGCCGUCUGGAUUCUUUAAGAGGGUUUCUUACAUUCACCGACGAAAGUAGCAAAUGUUUGUUUCCUUGUCUCUAAGUUGUACAUUGGCAUGCAAUGCAAAUAUAUGCAGUUGUUUUUGGAA